UGACUGAUGGACGCCUCCUCUGUCCCCUCAGACGCCAUGGAGACGGACGGAGAGCAGAACCAGCAGGGGGCCUCGACCAAUGGGAGUGCUGCAUCUGGGGCUAGCUCCCGCCCCUCUCCCAUGAAUUCCAUGUCUCUGUACGAACGACAAGCCGUGCAGGCCCUGCAGGCGUUACAGAGGCAGCCCAACGCCGCUCAGUACUUCCAGCAGCUGAUGCUGCAGCAGCAGAUCAACAACGCCCAGCUGCAGAACCUGGCUGCGGUGCAACAGGUAAAGGCUACUCUGGCCGCCAGUCGUCAGUCCAGUCCUUCCAGCAGCAGCUCCUCUCAGACCACCAGCUCCACAGCAGCCAGCGUGACGUCUGGAUCUACAACCAGCAGCCGUCCUAUGGGCGCCUCGGCAACGUCCACAAUCAGCCAAUCAGUGCUGCUCAGUGGGACGGCAGCCGGGCAGGGACAGAUGUACCUGAGGGUCAACCGCUCCCUCAGGGCGCCCAUCUCUUCACAGCUCAUCUUCAUGCCUGGCAGCACGGCAACAGCUGCCGUGGCAACCGUCACCCAGCAGCCCCAGCAGGCUCAGCAACAGGAAGUGACCCCGGCUUCUUCAUCCGGCAGCCAAUCGGAUAACGACCAGGUGCAGAAUCUAGCGAUGCGAGGUGUGUCCGGUCCAAAAGGCGUCGGCGUGAAGACUGAAGCGCCGGACAGGAGUGACUCAGCUGCUUACUCUCUCGUCCAGCCCUCCCACCAGUCAAACUCCCAGUCCCCCAACAAACCAAGCCAGCCUCACCCCCAGCCGCCCCACAUCAAAAUCCCCACCUACCCUCAGCCCACCAACCUCAAAGCCCACCCCUCCUCCUCCUCCUCCUCCUCCUCCUCCUCCUCUUCCUCCUCCUCCAUCCCUCUCUCUCAGCUCCUCCUCCACGGGACCCGGACUCUCACUACAGGAACCACAGCUCCCACAGCGUCUCACACACUGGUCCUCACGUCCUCCGCGGGGUCCCACUCUCACGGUUAUCCCGUGGGCACCGCGACCAUUAAGCCGGCGGUGAACGCUCAGACGCUGGUGGUGCAGCCGCUGCAGAAGUCCUCGCUCGGCUCUGAGAAGUCGGGCCACGGCAACGGACCCGUCCCCAUCCAACCCAAAACUCUGCAGGGGCUUCGUCUGCCCCUCCAGCUGCCCUCCAGAAACCCCCCUCCCAUCCUGCCCGCCCCGCCUCCCAACAGCAGCUCCGCCCAGCCCCUGCAGCCGCCGCACAUCCCGGUCCAGAUCGUCGGGGCGAGGCAAAGCACGCUGGGGAACGCGCAGGCUCUGGCUCUGGCGCGGGGCAGCUGCAGCCAGGACGGAGCCGCCGCCGCCGCCGCCCUCAGCGGCUCCUCCGGCCUCCUCACGAUGGUGGCCUCCAUCGCCUCCAGGGAGGGCGGCGUCGUGGGCCGAGGGGCGGGGCUGAAGACGCUCCAGUCCCCGCAGGAGGCUCCCCCGCUGGCUCAGGUGUCUCAGGUUCAUCCGCAGGCCAAUCAGAGCUCUGGACAGAGUCAGAACGGAGCCAUGACAUCAGGCCCCGCCUCCUCUCAGUCACCUGCCGUUUCCUGUCCUCCCUCCUCCCUGUCUCGCUCCUCCCUCUCGCUCCCCCUGGUGGCGGAGGAGCAGAGAGGAGCGCCAGCUGUCGUGAUGACAAACGGCGACUCAUCGAGAAGUUUGACAGCACAGGGGAAGCAGGUAAGUAGCUCACUGAAAAGAAAAUCAGACUCCAAUUCAGCCAAUGACGAAGAUGGCCCCUCCCCCCCGCGGCUCCAGCCAGUCAGAGACCACCCCUCAUCACUCUCAACCAAUCCUGUCGAAGCAGGCUCCGAAGCUCCGCCCCCUGCCUCCUCCUCCCCCUCCACGGUGCUGUCAGUGUCCCGCGGGGUCUGCGGCCAGGGGGAGAGAGCCCCUCCCCCACAAGCUGUGGUCAAACCGAACGUCCUCACACACCUCAUAGAAGGCUUUGUUAUCCAAGAAGGGGCGGAGCCUUUCCCGGUGUGUGGUUCAGUGAAGGACUCGGCCGGUGAGGAUUUAACCAAUGACAGCCUGGACACUAACCAAUCAGACACCGUUACCACGGCAACAGUGCUGAAGUGUGAGUACUGUAAAAACUUUGCUCCCGCCAGCCAGUUCAGAGGCACCAAAAGGUUCUGCUCCAUGACCUGUGCCAAGAGUAUGUAUUGGUUCCCCAGGUACAACGUCAGCUUCAGGCAGAGCUUCAGCGUGCGGCAGGCUCAAGGUCAAGGUCACAACAACGCUUCAGAUCAGGAUCAGGUCCACCACGGUCAUCUGUCCAACUCGGACGAGGAGGGGGGCGUCGCCAGGAGGAGGGUUCCCCGGAGGACCAGCUCGGAGAUAGCCAGCGCCAAGAUAGCGGGGAGACCGUUACCUGUCAAGUGCCGCUCAGAGUCCAGCCAUUCAGACGAGGAGUCCAGCGGAGAGGAGGAUGAAGAUGACCCCAUGUCCCUCUCGCCCGCCUCCUCGGCCUCCUGCCACCAGCAGCAGCAGCCUCCUCCGAUCCCGACGGAGAAUUCUGCCCCGCCUGAAAGCCCCGCCCAGUGGAGCGUCGAGGAAGUGUCGCAGUUUAUCUCCUCGCUACAAGGCUGCGAGGAUCUGGCCCCCCAGUUCCUGUCGCAGGAGAUCGACGGACAGGCCCUGCUGCUGCUGAAGGAGGAGCAUCUCAUGUCCACCAUGAACAUCAAGCUGGGACCGGCCCUCAAGAUCUGCGCCCACAUCAACACCCUGAGAGACUGACGCUGUCAUAGAC